AUGUCCUUUUGGAGUUCAUACAAAAAUCUUUCCCCCCGAACCCGCCUCCUCUUCGGGCUCGGGCUCAUGAGCUGGGCCGCAAUCGGAAUGUCGACUUCAUCGCAGGUAGAGUCUGCGCUGGGCCUGGUGCCGAGCGAGCAGGAGAAGGAGGAGUUGGAGAGGAAGAUGGAUGUGAGGAUUGUUAGUGUUGAGAAGUGA